CCUUGUUGAUAGUGUUGUUAAGAAGGUAGAAACUAGAGCCUGUAGGACCUGCCUUGUUGAUAGUGUUGUUAAGAAGGUAGAAACUAGAGCUAAUAAACUAAUGAAUACUACCCAUGUAGUAGCCUUCCGACUAGACUGUUGAUGCCUGCCUGAUGGGUAUACUAUGAUGUAAGCUAGAUAUACUGGUUUUCUAAAGUUAGCUAGCUUCAAUUAGCUUCACGUUCCAUCUCAGGCCUCAUACAUCAGAAUAUACAGAGCGCUAGUCAGGUUCAGUUAGCUUCACGUUCCAUCUCAGGCCUCAUCCAUCAGAAUAUACAGAGCGCUAGUCAGGUUCAGUUAGCUUCACGUUCCAUCUCAGGCCUCAUCCAUCAGAAUAUACAGAGCGCUAGUCAGGUUCAGUUAGCUUCACGUUCCACCUCAGGCCUCAUCCAUCAGAAUAUACAGAGCGCUAGUCAGGUUCAGUUAGCUUCACGUUCCACCUCAGGCCUCAUCCAUCAGAAUAUACAGAGCGCUAGUCAGGUUCAGUUAGCUUCACGUUCCAUCUCAGGCCUCAUCCAUCAGAAUAUAGAGAGCGCUAGUCAGGUUCAGUUAGCUUCACGUUCCAUCUCAGACCUCAUCCAUCAGAAUAUACAGAGCGCUAGUCAGGUUCAGUUAGCUUCACGUUCCAUCUCAGGCCUCAUCCAUCAGAAUAUACAGAGCGCUAGUCAGGUUCAGUUAGCUUCACGUUCCACUCAGACCUCAUCCGGCAGAAUAUACAGAGUGCUGGUCAGGUUCAGUUAGCUUCACGUUCCAUCUCAGGCCUCAUCCAUCAGAAUAUACAGAGCGUUCCACCUCAUCCAUCAGAAUAUACAGAGCGCUGGUCAUCAGGAAGAUACAAAAGUCCAGAGAGGACAUCAUGUUAAGAUCCCAACUUAUUUAUCUCGUGAUCACGACAUAAACGUUUUUGUUGUUGUUGAGCUGACAAGAUAAACUCUAUAACUAGGAGUGGACAUAUUGAUAAUAGAUUGACGUUGUGGCUGAGGCGUAACACAUUUUUGUUGUUGUAGACCCGGACAAACAUACGUUAUUUUUGCCACAAUUUACCCCCUAUGCACAUUUUGCCAUUUUUACAGCCUGGUACCUGAUUUAGGUAGUUGACAAGUUUAAUCGGGUGUGUUUGUCUGGGGACACAAAACUGUACUGUUAUAAAAAUAACUGAGGGACGUCUCCUUUCAUAUCUGGAAAAGGACAAAGUAGAAGUAGAGAGAUGUGAAUUAAUAAUAAUUGAUUGGAUUUAUAUAGCAUUCUUCUACCACCUGAGGUACUCAAAGUGCUUUACAUAGUAGUGGGAAACUCACCUCAUCCACCAUCAAUGAGCUGCAUCCAGCUUCUUCACUAAGCUUCAGUCUCCACUGACCUACAAUGGCCAUAUCUGUGAAAGAGCGUCUCCUGGCCGUUCUGGAUGAUCUCGGCUCUGACGAGCUGAAGAGAUUUAAGUGGCAUCUAACUACAGAAAACCAGCUGGAUGGCUUCCUUCACAUUCCAAAGGGCCGGAUGGAGACAUCUGAUGGACUGGACAUAGUGGAUCAGAUGGUGCAGAACUACAGGGGGAAUGUGGCUGUGCAGAUCACACUGGACAUCCUGAAGAAGAUUAGCCGUAACGAUCUCGCUGAGAAGCUAAACAGAGACUGUCCAAUAGGUCCUUCAGAGGAAGAUGUUGAGAAGUUCCAACAUGAAUAUAAACUGGAAGUAAAAAAGAAGUUCCAGCAUGUUUUCAACGGGGUACCAAAGCAGGGCCAUAAACAACUUCUCAAUGAGAUCUACACAGAGCUCUACAUCACAGAGGGGAGAAGUGGAGAGGUCAAUCAGGAACAUGAGGUGAGACAGAUCGAGAUCACGUCCAAGAAUCCAGCAAGACCAGAGGCUAAAAUCCUCUGCAAUGACAUCUUCAAACAAUCCUCUGGAAAAGACAAACCUAUCAGAACUGUGUUGACAAAAGGAGUCGCUGGCAUUGGAAAAACAGUUUCUGUGCAGAAGUUCAUUCUGGACUGGGCUGAAGGGAAAGCCAAUCAGGAUAUCCAAUUCAUAAUUUCACUCCCUUUUCGGGAGCUGAAUUUGGUGAGGGGGGAAAAGUACAGUUUUGUAGAACUUCUACAUACAUGUGUCUUAGAGACUGGAGUGAUUGAGAGGGACUUUUUGAAUCACAUUUUAACAAAAUUGCAAAAACCAGGAAACCACAAUGAGAGCAAGUACAAUGUUGUAUUUGUCCUUGAUGGUCUGGAUGAGUGCCGACUGACCCUCGACUACGAGACCGGUAAGAGCUGGAGUGAUGUCACGGAUCCAACCUCAGUGGACGUGCUUCUGACAAACCUCAUCAAGGGAAAUCUGCUUCCCUCUGCUCUCCUCUGGAUAACCUCCAGACCUGCAGCAACCAAUCACAUCCCUCCUGAGUGUGUUGACCAGGUGACAGAGGUACGAGGGUUCGAUGACCCACAGAAGGAGGAGUACUUCAGGAAGACAUUCAGUGAUGAGGACCUGGCCAGCAGAAUCAUCUCACACGUAAAGACAUCAAGGAGCCUCCACAUCAUGUGCCACAUUCCAGUCUUCUGUUGGAUCUUAGCUUCAGUUCUGGAGCAUGUGUUGAGUUCAGAUAAGAAUGAAGAGAUGCCCAAGACUCUGACUCAAUUAUUUAUUGGGUUACUGAUAUUUCAGACCAAACAGAUGAAUGAUAAAUAUCACAAGAAAGGUGAGCGAGAUCCACGCAGGGAUAAAGAAAGCUUCCUGGCACUGGGGAAACUUGCUUUUAACCAGCUGGAAAAUGGCAACCUCAUUUUCUAUGAGGCAGACCUGAAAAAGUAUGGCAUUGAUGUCACUGAAGCCUCAGUGAACUCAGGAGUGUGUACACAACUAUUUAGACAGGACUAUGGGCCGUUCCAGGACAAGGUGUACUGCUUUGUGCAUCUGAGCGUUCAGGAGUUUCUUGCUGCGUUAUACGUUUUCCUCUCCUUCAACAACAGCCAUGUAAACCCGAUGACCGAAGACCAAUCCUUCAUCAGAAAAUUUCUAGUGAAGUUGAAUCCUGCCAUCACCUUCCACACGAUUGCAGUGGAUAAAGCCUUACAGAGUGAGAAUGGACACCUGGACCUGUUCCUCCGUUUCCUUCUGGGCCUCUCACUGGAGUCCAAUCAGACUCACUUACACGGCCUACUGACACAGACAAGAAGCACCAGAAGCAGCUCACGGGGCCAUGAGGAAACAGUCAAGUACAUCAAGAAGAAGAUCAGGAACACUCCAUCUUCAGAGAGGUGCAUCAAUCUGUUCCACUGUCUGAAUGAACUGAAUGACCAUUCUCUAGUGGAGGAGAUCCAAAGAUACCUGCAUUCAGGAAAUCUGUCCAAACCCAACCUGUCACCUGCACAGUGGUCAGCUCUGGUCUUUGUGUUGCUGACUUCAGAAGAGGAGCUGGAUGUGUUUGACCUGAAGAAAUACUCCAGUUCAGAGGAAGGUCUUCUGAGGCUGCUGCCAGUGGUCAAAGCCUCCAGAACUGUUCUGCUUAAUGGGUGUAACCUCACUGAGAAAUGCUGUGAAGCCUUGGCCUCAGCUUUCAGCUCAACCUCCUCAAACCUGAGAGACCUGGACCUGAGUGACAACAACCUGCAGGAUUCAGGAGUGAAGCUGCUCUCUGCUGGACUGGAGAAUCCACACUGUAAACUGGAGACACUGAGGUUGUCACGCUGUCUGAUCACAAAGAAAGGCUGUGCUUCUCUGGCCUCAGCUCUGAGGUCCAACCCCUCCUACCUGAGAGAGCUGGACCUGAGCUACAAUAUCCCAGGAGACUCAGGAGUGAAGCAGCUCUCUGCUGGACUAGAGGAUCCACACUGUAGACUGGAGAAACUCAAUGUUGACCACCGUGGAGAGUACUGGCUGCUGAAAAAAUAUGCCUGUGAUGUCACACUGGACCCGAACACAGCAUGCAGACACCUCUCUCUGUCAGAGGGGAACAGGAAGGUGACACGGGGGAAAGAGGACCAGCCGUAUCCUGAUCACCCAGGGAGAUUUGAGUUCUGGCCACAGGUGCUGUGUAGAGAGGGUCUGACUGGGCGCUGUUACUGGGAGGCAGAGAUGAGUGGGGGAGGGGAUGACAUAGGAAUGACGUACAGAGGAAUCGGCAGGACAGGAAACGCUGAUGACAGUAAGCUUGGAUGCAAUGACAAGUCCUGGAGUCUGAGCUGCUCUGAUUACGGUUACACUGCCAGGCACAAUAAGGAGAGAACUGACUUACCUGCCUCCUCCUCGUCCAACAGAGUAGGAGUGUAUCUGGACUGGCCGGCCGGCACUCUGUCCUUCUACACUCUGUCCUCCUCUGACACACUCACUCACCUACACACAUUCACCUCCACAUUCACUGAGCCUCUCUAUCCAGGGUUUUGGGUUGAAAUAAACUCCUCGUUGUCCCUAUGUGAGGUCAAAAACCUUUAGGUAGUAAAGGACGGUUCUUGUUGUUAUUGAUUGGUGUUUGUAAAUAAUGUUUAUUUAGUCAAAUGGUUGACAUUGCAAUCCUGAUUCUGUUUGAAGUCAAUAACACUGAAUGGACCUUUCCUGGUACACAUUCGGCCAGAUGAAGACAAAUAAAACUGGUUGUUUUCAAAAACUG